GUUCUACUGGGCCACCUCCACCCCAGAGCUGGUCGCAUCUCAGCCCCCUCAGACGCCUUAAACCCAGCCACCUGCACACAUCUCAGCCUGGACACGUGAUACUGAUACUGGCCAGUUAGCACUGGAUCCAGCUGGUGACAUUAACUCUGAACCCUAAUAAUGGCAGGAGACGACAGGACAGGGACGGGCAGACGGACGGGCACCAUGAGGACCCCAGCCUGGAUCCUCAUUGCGCUCUGCCUGGCCGGGGCAGUGGUCUGUUUCACAGCUGGGCGCCAGGACGGACCCCCACCCUCAGAGGUGGCGCGGGGAUGGGAGCGGCCCAGACGCCUGGGUCCCACGCCAGGCCCAGGCCUGGAGUGCAAGGACUGCACCUGGCCCUGGCCCUGGCCCUGGAAGAAGUCGGCGACGCUGGCACCUGCGUUCACCAAGACACCGACCCCGCACCCUAGCAACCACACCACCACCCCGCACCCUAGCAACCACACCACAACCACGCACACUAGCAACCACAGCACCCACACCACCCCCCCGCACCCUAGCAACCACACCCCCACCCCGCACCCUAGCAACCACACGACUCUGCCUACACGGGUCCCACCCACCCCGCAGCCCACAGCAAUACCAGGGGUGCCCUUGGGCGACUACCGGGUGGACAACGGGUCAGGGCCCUGCCUGCGGCUGGAGGCCGGGCUGCAACUGCGGGUCCACUACGCUGCCCAGGCCAAGCGCCAGCUCUGGGGCACCUUCACGGUUAUGCCCAACUGCACCAAGGCCUCGGGCUGGUGUCACAAGGACAUAGCCGUCAUGAACUUGACCUUCCCUGAGGGCUUCCUGCAGUUCACCUUCCACCAGAAUCAGACCCGGGGCAUUUUCUACCUCAGUGGAGUCAAAACCAGCCUCACAGUCCAGUUCCCUGAGGCCACAGAGGGGCACUUCAGGGCUGACAACACUAGCCUGCGAGACCUGGAGGCCGCCCUGGGGCACUGCUACGCCUGUGGCAACCGCAGCCUGGUGCUGAGCGAAACACUGAGACUCGAUGCCCUGCAGGAGCGCGCCCAAGCCUUCACCCUGCCCCAUGGGGGUGCCUUCGGGGAUGCUGUGCACUGUCCUGCCGACCACAGCCUGGUGGUGCCCAUCGUGGUGGCCGUCGUCCUCAUCGUCCUCAUCCUCAUAGUCAUCAUCGCCUACCUGGUGGGGCGGCACCGCAGGCGGGGGGGCUACCAGCCCCUCUGAGGGGCCCAGCAGGGUGGGGGGCCUGCUUGUCCAUACGCCCCCCCAUCCCCCACUGAGAUGCAUCCAGCCAGUGUCAUCAUUAGGGUUAAGACUUAACAGCCACUAUGUGGGACCUGCCCUGGCUGCAGGUGGAGGGAGGGGGGGGGGGGGGUCAGGAAGCAGGAGGGAUGGGGGUACUUAUUGUGGCAGAAUGGGUUAAACCCAGCCCAUGUUGUUGUUAUGGUCCAGAGUUAACAGCCACAUUAGGAUGUAGGGUACAUCCUGGCUCUGGGGAGUAGGGGGGUCCAGGCCUGGGGGGUGCCAGAGAGGGCAGUUCAUUCUCUCCCCCACAACAAACCCCAACCAGGAGCCUUUAUUAGGGUUCAGAGUGAAUGGCUGGGUAUUUGACCAGUUGAUAGGGCCAAUCGUGGCAGAGGAGGGGGUAACCAAUCAGGCCUUGGGGUGGGGGCGGGGUUUGCAUUUUCAUGGUUUAAUAAAGCUCAUAGUAGAGUUA